AUGGCAGGACAAGCGGCAGACCCGGAUUGGACAACCCAAGGGUCCCGUAGGCAUCUGGAACUUCUUCGGGCUGAUUUUGGGGGUUACAACACGCCAGCCGCAACGUUGCAGUGGAACCUGCCAGAUAACAGAGAUUUAAACGACGAUGGCUCGAAGCUCGGCAACGGAUUGAUAAACGUCGCAGGGGACAGCAGAUUCAACGAACCAAUAAGUAAAGGUCAACUCGACAAUAGCUUUAUCUGGAACACAUACGAACGGAUCACCCGUCCUGAUCUUGACCCGACUGACAACCUCAACAUCUGCCGGAUAUGGGCAGACAGCCAAGAUGGACUUUUGUGCCUACGCAACGGGUGGUGGCUAUCAGGCGAAAGCAUCUUCCACCUUAUCGAGCGGCUGCUCACGUACAGCCAGGAUCAACCGCAGGCGCGGCUGGGAAUCAGGACGUCGGGGCACUGGUUUGUGGUGCCGGACCAGUACCUUCUCCGAGUGAUUAAGAGAAAGAAGCAACCGCCACAAUACCAAUCCUAUGCACUAGGCGAGGUAGAAGUGCCGGGGGAGAAGCAACGGCUGAGGCAACGAUUUCUCCAGGCCAAGCUCACGUUGCAUAUAUCCCACCACAACAACCACUGGGCGCUCGUCAUCUAUCAACGAUCGAGCAACAUGCUCUACUAUCUCGAUUCCGUUGAAUGUGGCAGGGAGAUCCGAGCAAUGCGAGCCCGGCGCGCGUUCCAAGAGUGGCUGGCAAGAUCGAACUUGCAAGACGUGGGCUACCGUAGCCGGCUUCAUAUCGUGGACUUGUUAGACCAGCAAAACAAGUGGAGCUGUGGGCUUCAUGUCAUUCUUAACGCCGUGGCUGUGGUACGGUAUGAGUGUCUUGACUGGUGGGGCAUCCCCGGGGCGCCGCUCGGGAACGACGACGAGCGGCUUGAAUACCUGUUUGACAUGCGCAACAAGAUCUGCGAUUCCCUCCACCGGCUGAUGGGGCUCUACUAUGAGUAUCUAAUGGAAAUUCCUGAUAACGAGGAUCAGGAUGAGGAGGAGGACGAGGAUGAGGAUGGGGACGAUGAGGAAGGGGAUGAGGAAGGGGAAGAUGAAGCUGAGGAUGGGGGAGGGGAUGGCGGGGAUGAGGAUGAGGAAGAAGAUGACAACAGUAACGACAAAAACGAUAAGACUAUAGAUAAACCACCACCUUACAGAACUCCUUCCCCCCCUCAAGCAAUCAUGGCAGGAGAAACACAAACAAACCCCGGCCAGCCCGCUGUCUCGCUCCAUACAGACAUUACCACCAUUCCAAGGACCAACACCAAAGCCUCCCCCGCACCUCCGAACCGCAAGAAAGCCCACGGCGACGAUGAUGAUGAUAGCGAGGACAGCAACAGAGGGGACAUCGACAGCGGGGAUGGGGGAGACGAGGACGACGAUGACGACGAUAACAAUGCCAAUGACCAGACAAACCCCAGCCAAACCGCUAUCUCGCGCCAAACUGACCUCACUACCAUCCCAAGGAUCAACACCAGAGCCUCAUCUACACCUCAGAAACCCGGUAAAACGCACGGCGAUGAUGAUGAUAGCGAGCGUGACGGUAGCGAGGAUAACGACGGCGAAGAUGGCGACGACGAGGACGACGAUGAUGAAGACAAUCCCAAUCCCAAUCCCAAUCCCAACCACUUACCUCUCCUUCCAACCCCCUCCAUCCCUCCCGCCCCAGUGGCUUACACCAUCACAAAAGCCCUCCUCCGCUGGGGCCCCCCCUUAUCGACCCCUUCCCUCCCACGCGCCAACGAGCUCGCCACAUUCCGCCAAGAAAUCCGCGACCGGCAUCUCAAGCGAAACCAGUGGCGGAGGCCGAGUCUGAUACAUUUCGCGACGGCUCCGGACUGGACGCGAGAGCAUAAAAAACUGUGGGAUCCGACAAACAGACGAAUACUUGGGGAGGUUGGGCCGAGAGUGAAUGGGGUGGGUGAUGGGGUUGUUAGGGGGGUGUCGAACGGGGGGUUGACCAGCAGUGGUGGCGGUGGCGGUGGUGGUCAGAGUUUUAAGAAGGCUGGGCAGGGGACAAAACGGAACAUUGAGGUUGUUGAUAAUCAGGUUGAGAAUACUAAGACGGGGGACAACAACACCAGCAGCCAGAACGCCACGACGACAGGAACAACACCCGCUGCCAAAAGACCCAAACCCUCCCACCUCUCUGACAACAACAACCACCAAAGCCAAAACCAAAACUCAUCCCAAACUCUCCCCACCAAGCCAUCGUCGCAAUCCCCCCGCCCUCUUAAACGCAAGCGCAGGGAUGAUGAUGUCGACAGCAACAACGACACCGCGGCACUCAACACCCCAAGCAGGAACAGAACCAUCGCAAGCACAAGCACGAGGCCUAGUCCCAAUACGCGUCCUAGUGCAAGUCACAGUCACAGUCGAGGUACACCGAGUGCAAGUCCGCAUCAGACGGGACCAUCCCAACCGUCCACCUAA